GGUCCGCCCCCGGGGCGAUCCAAAUCCCCCUUACAGACUUACUUUCGCUUGAGUUUCGGCUCCUUGAUAACACCCGGUGCCGUCAUGCUUUCCACAUCCUCGCAGUGUCUAUUUCGACAAAACAACCCCGGCUAACUGGCGUGUCUGGGGGCACCUUUAACCCCCCGCGAAUCCUUUUAAAAUGGACUUUUACCGGGUUCUGUUCGCUGUAUGUUUGCUUCUGGGGACUUGUGAGUCAAAAGCAGACAAAGCCUUUAGGCCCAACAUUCUCCUGAUCAUGGCAGACGACCUUGGCAUUGGGGACCUUGGCUGCUAUGGAAAUCACACCCUGAGGACACCAAAUAUUGACCGACUCGCCACAGAAGGAGUGAGGCUCACCCAGCACCUGGCAGCUGCCCCUCUCUGCACCCCAAGUCGAGCUGCUUUUCUCACAGGGAGAUAUCCCAUCCGGUCAGGCAUGGAAGCCAGCAAUGGGUACCGGGUGCUUCUGUGGAACGGGGGCUCAGGCGGACUCCCUCUGAACGAAACCACUUUCGCCAGAGUCCUGCAGCAGCAGGGCUACACGACAGGCCUCAUAGGAAAAUGGCACCAGGGUGUAAACUGUGUGUGGCGUGGAGACCAUUGUCACCACCCCCUGCGUCACGGGUUCGACUACUUCUACGGCAUGCCGUUCACGCUGGUCAAUGACUGCCACCCGGACAGGCCCAAACGAAUGGACAGAGCCACGCAGGCGAAACUCCAGCUGUACACACAGGCCAUGGCUCUGGGGGUGCUGACGCUCGCUGCUGGCAGAGCCUUGGGCUCCAUCUCCGUCCGCUGGAAAGCCAUCCUGGGCCUGGCCAGCCUGGUCUCCCUGUUUUUCCUUUCCUGGUACGCCAGCUUCGGGUUCUUGCGUCGCUGGAACUGUAUCCUGAUGCGGAACUAUGAUGUCACAGAGCAGCCCAUGGCUUUGGAAAGCACAGCCAAGAAAAUGCUAAAGGAGGCGACUGCUUUUAUAGAAAGAAACAAGCAGGGGCCAUUUCUCCUCUUCCUGUCCUUGCUGCAUGUUCAUACUCCCCUUGUUACCACAAAAGAGUUCCUGGGGAAAAGUCACCACGGCUUAUACGGAGACAAUGUGGAGGAAAUGGACUGGAUGGUGGGUAAAAUUCUUAACUCAAUUGAAGAGAAGGGUUUGAAGAACUCGACAUUCACUUAUUUUACCUCUGAUCACGGAGGACAUUUGGAGGAGGGAGACGCACAUGGACAGCAGGGAGGGUGGAACGGAAUCUACAAGGGUGGCAAAGGCAUGGGCGGCUGGGAAGGGGGUAUCCGUGUGCCUGCAAUCUUCCGGUGGCCUGGGGUGCUGCCCGCUGGCCGGGUGAUCGACGAGCCCACCAGUCUGAUGGACAUUUUUCCCACGGUGGUCCAGCUGGGAGGCGGCCAGGUGCCCCAGGACAGGGUGAUUGACGGCCACAGCCUGCUGCCCUUACUCCAAGGGUUGGUCCAGCACUCGGCCCAUGAGUUCCUGUUUCAUUACUGUGGGAAACACCUCCACGCCGCACGGUGGCACCAGAAAGACACCGAUCAAAAUAAGACAGAUGCCACACCACCAGUUUGCAAGGGAAACGGAAAUUUAUUGUCUGCGCAGACAAGGAGCAAUGUGGGGUCUAGUGACCUUACAGCCACGUGCCCUCCGUCUAAGGGGGCUGGGGAGCUUCUUGUUUCCAGUGGCUUCGGGGGUUGGGUUUGGCACCCAGAACUCUCCACCCUUAGCCCUCCCAUGCCCAUACUUGGGGGUCCGGGUAUUAAAUCAUUUUCCAUCAGAUGUGUGUGUGGUGGGUCCCCUCUCUUCUAAAAUCAUGGGCUGGGAUAUACCGGUCUUUCCAGUGACAAUCUGGUCCGGGGUGGGUUGAAGGACGUGAUCUCUUACAUCUGCGUGUGCUUCGAGGCGUAGCUCGGGCUAGUUCGGUGGAUGGAGCCACUACCUGCUAUGACUUCCUGAAAAAUAUUGCUCAAAACAAGCUUGUGGUUAGCAAGACAAAGAAAGGCGGGGAGGGGAGGGGUGUUAAUUGGGGUUUCCAAUACCAUCAAUAAAGUAGUACCAGCAGCAGAGCAAGUCCUUUGGACUCAAGUUUCCUAUACUGAGAAGCUUCCAGACCAGGGGGAGAUUGACGACAAGGACCUUCCCCCAGAGCCAACAGAGAGAGAAAGCCUUGCACUGGAGCUGACGCCCUGAAUUUGGACUUCUAGCCUCCUAGACUGUGAGAGAAUAAAUUUCUCUUUGUUAAAGCCACCCACUUGUGAUAUUUCUGUUAUAGCAGCACUAGAUAACGAAAACAAUGAUGUUAAUGAGGCAGGAUUGGAGGCAGUUAUGCUAACAAGGCAGGAUACAAUCUGCACAAUUAGGUUGUAUCUUGAGUCACUCCCUUUUAGCAGCACCAAGGUAACUAAGACACUGGAUUUAAGAUACACGAAUUGCCCUGUAACCAAGGUCUCAUGAACAUAAAAGAGAAGAAAGCAAUUCUUCAGGGUGUGAAGCACUUAGGUGCGUCUCUUUCUAGUUGUAAAGAAAAAAUAUUACAAGGUUUAGUAAAGCAAAAAGAAAAUUUUAUUCGGCAUAUAUUCAAAAAGGCAAAAGUGGGAAGCAGACAAGCACGCUGCCACAGUCACGUCUGCCCCAGUCCAGAGAACGUUACGGAGUCAUCAGAAUCUAUUAAAAUUACAAAUGGGCAAAACCAUCGAAAGCUUCACCUUUUCACAGAUUGGCUGGAAACUGUCAUCCUACAUUUUGAAUUGUCUUUCUUACCUUUUUUUUUUUCUUUCUUACCAUCAUUGAUGCAGGUUUCAGUAACAGUCAGAAGGGUCUUCGUUAGGCCAACAUAUUUUCCAUUCACUAAAUGCUAACAGAAAAAGAUGAGUGGAAAGUCUCUUGUGUUCUGUUUGAUUGGCUUAUGUGAAAGUUUCCCUAAAAGAUCUUUUCCAAGAUUGUCCUAGUUAUUGUCUUUGUAUCUCAGGGCCCAAUUGAUAUGUUCUUGUGAGUCCUUGUGUGUCCUUGUAAGUCCUUAUGAGUCCAUCUCCAGCUGGUCACAUUCUCUAUGCCCAAGGACAGGGAAUAACGGCUCCAAUAUUAUUUCCUAAGUCACAUUAAAAGGCUCGAAAGAAAAUAGUUGCCUUUUGGCCUUGUGAAUAAGCUGCAAAAGAAAAUUCUCUUUAAUUGAGGCAAGACACACUCGUCUGUCCCCCACUGGGAUAUUUUUUGUCUGUGAAAAACUUGGAGCCAGCCAAAUUCCAUUAUUCAGCCUCAUAUUUUGAUACAUAACACUGUCUUCAGGAGCCCUGGUGGCGCAGUGGUUAAAGGGUUCGGCUGGUAACUGAAGUCUCAGCAGUUCAAACCCACCGUCCACUCUUCGGUAGAAAGAUGAGGCAGUCUGCUUCCACAAAGAUGACAGACUUGAAAAUCCUGUGGGGCAGUUCUAUUCUGUCCUAUAGGGUUGCUAUGAGUCAGAAUUGACUCAACGGCAACGGGUUUGGUAUUUUUGGUUUAACGUGGUUGUCAGCUAUGGGUAGAUGGUCUUCCUUGGAGGUGAUAGAUAUUAUCCUAUCACUGAGAGCGUCAUACUUAAGGGUAGAUCUUGAAAUGUUCUUUUUGACAAUGAACGCAAUGCCAUCCCUCUUCAAUCUGUCAUUCCUGGUGUAGUAGACUGCUGGCCCACUGCCCUGGAGCAGUCAAGCAAUGAAUCGUAC